AUGUUUGUCGCGACAGCCCCCGCUGCGAUUCGCAGGUCGGUACGGGGCGCGUCAAGAGCCCUUCUCAGCCCACAACGCCGCCAGGGCCUGCUCACACUCGCUAUUGAAACGUCGUGUGACGAUACCUCGGUCGCAAUUGUCGAGAAAUGCGCGCACGCCACAGGACACGCGGCCAAGAUCCAUUUCCUAGAAAAUGUGACGGCGGAUUCACGGGCCCAUCGAGGCAUUCACCCGAUCCUCGCGCUCGAGUCUCACCAGGAGAGCAUGGCAAAACUGGUCGAGAAAGCGAUGAGACAUCUACCUGCCAGUUUGGGAAAUGAAGGCGAACAAACCAUACCCGUUGGUGACAAACUUCGCCGCCGGCCGGAUUUCAUAUCAGCCACCAGAGGGCCCGGGAUGCGGUCCAAUCUCUCCGUCGGACUGGAUACGGGCAAAGCGCUCUCUGUCGCCUGGCAGAUACCUAUGGUCGGGGUGCAUCAUAUGCAAGCGCAUUUGCUGACACCUCGAUUGAUUUCUUGUCUGGCGGAAACAGCUAGCGCGAGCUCAGAAAAGACAGGAACUGUCUCGCCUCAAUUCCCGUUCCUGUCCAUCCUUGUUUCGGGAGGGCAUUCGAUCCUGGUCCAUUCCAAAUCCCUCACAGACCACACGAUUCUGGCUUCGAGCGACGACGUCGCUAUGGGUGAAACUCUCGACAAAGCCGCACGGGAUAUUCUCCCACCUUCCCUGCUCGAGGAAGCCAAGAACACCAUGUAUGGCAAAAUAUUGGAACAGUUUGUCUUCCCCAAUGGCACAGCCGACUUUGCGGAUUACCGCCCACCGAAAAAUCGAGGCGAAGAAGUGGCCAAACACCGGAGUCCCUGGGGAUGGAGUGUCACGACGCCGUUUGCCAAUACGCGAACCCUGCAGCUCAGCUUCUCAUCUAUCUCGAGCAUGGUUGGAAAAAUUGUGAGAAACAAGACAGAUGAGACCCUGUCGCAGGACGAGCGUGUUGCGCUGGGACGGGAAGCAAUGCGAGUUUGUUUUGAGCACCUUGCGUCGCGAACGAUUAUCGCCCUCGAAGCUCUGCGGCCAAGGGUCCAGGGCGAAGAUGAGAACGUCAAGACUCUCGUUGUCAGUGGCGGUGUCGCUGCGAAUAAAUUCCUCAUGCAUGUGCUCCGUUCCUUUUUGAAUGUGCGUGGCUUUGGACAUGUUGAUAUCGUCGCUCCGCCACCGUAUCUGUGCACUGACAACGCAGCAAUGAUUGGAUGGGCGGGCAUUGAGAUGUUCGAAGCUGGCUGGCGCUCUGAUCUCAGUUGUCGGGCGUUGCGGAAAUGGACGCUCGAUCCGCAGGCUGACGAUGGUGGGAUCCUAGGGCCGAGUGGGUGGAUUCGAGCUGGAACGGUGUGA